AUGGCGGGGUUGGCGCUGACUAGAAGCGCCGCCGGCGACGCUCUGGGCCCGCUGGCCUCCUCCUCACUCCAGCAAUGCAGAGGGCUGGGUGGGGGCUACGAGGUGUGGGGCAAACCGUCUGCGUACACCGAGGGCACGAAGUUUCUGGGCACCCCGGACCAGCACCUGACGCUGACUGGGAAGCGGCCUCUGUCUCCUGAUGUGUUUGAGCUUGAGGGAUGGAAUCCCCAUUACAAGUUUCCCAAUGGGGCAUUGUCUUCCAUAACCAACCGAGGCACUGGCGUGGUCCUAUCAGCAGGCUGCAUUGGUGCCGGGCUGGUGGCCCUCACAGGGGACGUCCCCGCCACAGUGGACGUGAUCAAGUCCUCUUGGCUGCUGUGCUUUCCCGCCAAGGUAGGCGUUGCUUUCCCCCUGCUGUUCCACUACCUCGGUGGCCUGAGGCACCUGUACUGGGACGUCGCCAAGCACGGCGAUCAGGUGGAAAAGAAGGGGCCGCUCGAGGUGAAGGCCGUGGACCAGAGCUCCAUAGCCCUCUUUGCUGGCAGUGCCGCGGUUGCCGUGAUUCUGGCGGCAUUGUACUAG